CCAUACACUUACACCGCCUCAACCUCACGCACUAUAUAAUCCCCCUAACCCCUACCAUUGCAAUUCAUAAUUUCAUAUUCAAAUUUUCGAACUCUCUCGAAGCACUUUUCUCUCACAGUUAACUUUCUUCUUUCGGCGUUCUAAAGUUUACAAAAAGCAAAGUACAUGGUUGAGUUGGAAAUUCAGAUCCCAACGACAUUUGAUCCAUUCGCUGAGGCCAAAGAUUCGGAUUCAACUGGAACAGCAGGGUAUGUUCAUAUACGCAUUCAACAAAGGAAUGGAAAAAAGAGCUUAACAACUGUUCAAGGGCUGAAGAAAGAGUUCAGCUACGAGAAAGUUCUGAAAGAUCUUAAGAAAGAGUUCUGUUGCAACGGUAAUGUUGUGCAGGAUAAAGAACUUGGCAAAAUUAUCCAACUUCAAGGUGAUCAACGCAAGAAGGUUUCUCAGUUUUUGGUUAAGGCUGGUCUUGUGAUGAAGGAUCAGAUUAAGAUUCAUGGUUUUUGAAGGAUUUGGUUUCUUAUAGCUUAUGGUGUUUGAAGCUGCUGUUAGGUUUAUCUGCUGAGAUUGGAGUGUCUUUUCUUUUGCUUUUAGUUUGAUUUGUGUUAUUGAAAUAAAAGUCUGUUUGGUUUUUCUUUUUCUUUUAUGUUUUUAUGAUUUUAGUCCAUAAUGGAUGUUGUGGUUGAACUUGAAUGUAUGCAAGGCACUUCAAAUAUAAUAAUACUUGAUCAUUUGGUUUUAA